AUCUCAAUCUCUUCAAGUUUUUUUUUACUUCCCUGGAUACUAUUGGUUCUGGAAUUACCGUCUUCCAUCAUGGCUCCUACGCACUCGCUACUCCUUUCAUCGCUAGUCACCAUACCAUCCCUAGUCGCACUCAUAUCCGCCUACCCUACAAAAGGGCACGAGCUUGAUGGCUUCCCCCCGGAAAACAGCGUGGCUUCCUCCAUCUCAUGGAGUGAUUGCCCUCCUGAGCUCGGUGCCCCUAAGGCUCUUCAAUGCGCCACUUUCUCCGUUCCUAUAGAUUGGGACAAGCCAUACGGCGAGCACUUCGAUCUCGGACUCGUUAAGCUGCCCGCUGCGCCCUCAAACAACACCUCCAAGAUCGGCUCUUUAUUCAUAAAUCCUGGAGGACCUGGUGGACGCGCAUCGGAGUUGGUCGCACAGGUCGCCAUGGGUGCGCUCCAGGCUGAGGAAUUCCUGGCUAGUUUUGAUAUCAUUGGACUGGAUCCCAGAGGUGUCGGGCUGAGCAAGCAGAUGGAGUGUGACAUGAGUAUCUACGCGGAGAGGGUGAGCUUGUAUCCGCAAAAUGAGGAAGAGUUUGAGCAGUUGGUGAGCAAGAACAAGAGGCUUGGAGAGUCGUGUCGGGAGAAAACUGGACCAUUGCUUGAGCACAUGGACACAAUUAGCGCGGCCAAAGACCAUGAAGCAGUUCGCGUAGCUCUGGGCAACGAGCCCAUCAACUUCCUGGGCAUAUCGUACGGCACGCAACUCGGCGCACAAUACGCGGAUCUUUUCCCUAAUAACAUCCGUACACUGGUCCUCGACGGAGUCGUGCAGCACUCAGAUUCCGAAGCAGCAAAUGUUCUCACUGAAGCAUAUUCCUACAACCUUGGGUUGACCCACUUCUUCGAGUGGGCGGGCAAGAACGAGAGCUCAGCACUCAAGGGCCAAGAUGUAGAAGCGCUCUGGACAUCACUCUUAACGAACGCAUCGAAGACACCUAUCCCCGCGCCAUCAUGCAACGUCACCGAGUGUCGCGCCGACGUGAAUGCUGAGGAAAUACGCUUCAACGCACAACACUUCCUCGCGUUUGCAGGCAGAGAUACCGGUCUCGGCUCAUCCUGGGAACUAUUGUCGUCUGCCCUUUACAAUGCAACCAAAGGCGACGCCUCCGCACUCUCCACGUCCUUCUCUGACCCAACUGCCAUCUCGUUCCUCGGAAUCGGGUGCCUCGACUGGACACAUUUCACCUCCCUUACCCUUCCUUCCCUCCUCGCCAAAGAGGCCAUGGCAACUGGCUACACUCCCUUCACAAGGGGUGCAUCGCAAACUUGGAGCUUACAAAACGCGUGUCUUGGAUGGCCUAUAGAAGUGAAGAAUGUGCCAAAGAAGCUGAAUAUUAAGACCAAGACAACGGUGUUGAUGGUACAGAGUACUUUUGACCCGGAGACGGGACUCCCGUGGGCGCUGGGUAUGUUGGAGGAAAUUGAUAACAAAGUACUGCUUUUGCGGGAAGGAGAUGGACAUGCGAGCUUUGCGCUAGGUGGGGAAGCGACGAAGGUUGUUAUUGAGUAUUUCAUCACUGGAAAGGCGCCCAAGGACGGCCUUGUUGUGAGCUCCUAAGGGCGUGUCAUAAGACCGGGUGUAUGUCAUAUGGAAUACCUAUUGUUUGUGAUAAGGUUGUAUUGUAAUUGAAACGGUAUCCUUUUAUCUAGAUUCUGGGGCGUAGG